AUGGCCGGUGGUUUGGAAUGGAACGUUGCCGCGGUAAUAACCAUAGUUGGCUGGUUGGUGUCGCCCAUCAUCACGCUGAUCCUGCCCAAGAUCUUUGCCUGCCUCGGCUUUGACGCGGAGCAGAAGCUCAGGGAGCUCAAGAUCCGCAUCAUCCCGGAGCUGGAGAACACGCUGCGUGAUGUAGAUCAGGUGAGGAUGAUGCAGAGGGGAGAAGUACCCCACCACGUCUCCAGGCUUGACGAGAUGGCUGGAUGGCUGAGGCACGCACAGUACGAUGUGGAUGUCAUCUUCGACGAUGCUCAUGACAUCAAGUCGCGUCGCCUCACCGGCGCUUUGGAGACCUGCGUUGCUCGUUGCUUGGGGGUUAUUCCGUGCAUCGUCUGGAAGGGAUCGGCUCUGCUAAUGGGGUGGCUGAUGCACAUCUCCUUGUGUCGGUGGUUCCGAUGCAGGUCAGAAGAGGAGCCCGCUCCUGUGACUGUCAGCGUUGAGGCCUCAGGCGAGCCCGUGACCAUCGAUAUUGCGUCCUCCAAUGAUGAAGAUGAAGAUGAACUCGAUCCAGUAGCUGCCCGUGCUGCGGCCUUUGAUGAUGAGCACGUUCCGGUGACUAGCGGUGUUGAGGCACUCGGCGAGCCUAAUCCAGUGACUUGUGAUACUGUGGUCUCCGCCGCUGCGCCGUCCGAUCAUGUGGUUGUUCCGGCGACUUUUGGUGGUGCAGCCUCUGACGAGCCUCUUCCGGUGGAUGCAUCCUCUGGCCGGUGGCUCUCUUGCUUGUGCAGCUCUAUCGACUCAUCGAAGAACUGUUGUAGGUUCAUAGUCAACUGGCUAGUUCAUGCGAUUGAUGUUGCCCGCUUUUAUCGAGACUGGUCCUAUGAGGCAGUUGGCAUCAAAAGUAAGCAGAGGAUGCCACUGCGUUUGAUUUUAUCCUUACUGCAAUCUCAAAAUGGAAUUUGA